AUGGCACUGCAUACUCAUCUGAAUAUCGAUGGGUGUAUGUACUACAAACCUCCAAAGCUCAGCGGUACCCAGUCUUUAUUGCUAGUACCCCAAAAAAUUUUCCGCUUACAUUUCGACGCCCAUCACAGUAGCGCUGUCUUUAGAGGACAUACAUUGGAAAAAGACUCUAGCUUAGCUCUUACGCGAAUAUUACUGGCCAACUAUCCAUUCCGGUCCGAAGAAUGCCUCACCUGUCAGAUGCAACGUUAUCCAAAGCCCGCUUUCUGCGAACGUUUGAUUUCUGUGCAUAGCGAUGCUGUAUUUGCAAAGGUAGGUCUCGACCUUUGCGGCCCAUUAAAGACCACGGAACGAGGGAAUAAUUAUAUCCUCAACAUGGUAUGUUGGUUUACACGAUACGUUAACCCUACCCCAAUACCAGACGCACGUGCGAAUACCAUUGCGCACGCCCUUCUCUCUGACAGCGUCCUCAAGUAUGGCACUAUGUCUGAGCUUGUCUCGUACCAGUCAUCAAGUUUCACAUCCCACUUCUACCAAGAGUUUUGCGACUUCCUUCAUAUUCAGCAUAGAUUUGCAAUCCCUCACCAUUCAAUGGGAAUUGGGGCAACAAAACGCACAUUUCGCACAUUCCAAACUAUGCUCACUAAGUUCAUCAACCUAAAGCAGGAGGACUGGGACUUAUCCGUUCCUUGCGUAACUUUUGCUAUAAUACAUCAGUGCACGAAGCAUUGGACGAAACGCCCUUUCUCCUUAUGUUUGGGAGAGACCCGAUGUAUACCAUGGACCGCAUCUUACUCCCGCAAACCAGACCUCGGAUACCCGGUCCAUCCGGAACUGAGGAGUUUAGACACAACUCGUAUCCGCUCUCCACUUAGCAUGGAAGCAAGCCGCGUAACAUGCGCGUAUCCACAAACUAUCGAUGGCAGCACAGUACGACAAAGCAGCGCGCCUGACCCAAAACAAAGCAGGGGACCGAGUGUUCUUCCGCAACUAUACUAGCAAACAGGGACUCGCGCGGAAACUUUGCUUUCCAUGGAUUUGACAGCUCCGAGUCCUUCGCGUUGAUCCAUCCACGCCACUAUAUUAAGCAUCAUAUCUCCGCAGUCCAAACCCCGCCGGGUGCACCUCAACCAUUUCAAAAAGGUAAUCAACUACAGCGGACCUGCAUCAACACUUCCUACCAUCCCAGAAGAGGAAUCCUUUAUCAACGAACUUACCACCGACGAUAUAUCAGGCCAUCAUCAUGACUUGACGCGAACUUCACCGACCACACCACAACAGGCCCUAGAGGAUUCUGCUCCUCCCACACGAUAUAACUUGCGACCGCGGAAUCACGACAGGUGGUUUCUUCAUCUCUCCAUAUCAUACUGA